UCUUUACAGCCGGCUUCCAGGAGACGAACACGUUGCUGGAAAAAAGAAGUUUCACACCCGAUUAUUUGUCUCUAAACGUCGUUUCUCGUUUAUUUUCUUCUAAGCCGGGGAACGGGAGCCGAGGAGGCUCCGCAGGUGCUAGCGUCCGUCAUUCCAGCCCUCCAUCAUGGCGGAUAAAAACACCAGGAUCGCCAUCGUCAACCAUGACAAAUGCAAACCUAAGAAAUGCCGUCAGGAGUGCAAGAAGAGCUGCCCUGUGGUCCGUAUGGGUAAGCUGUGUAUCGAGGUGACUCCACAGAGUAAGAUUGCGUGGAUCUCAGAGUCUCUGUGUAUAGGCUGUGGUAUCUGCAUCAAGAAAUGUCCUUUCGGAGCGUUGUCGAUCGUCAACCUGCCCAGCAACCUGGAGAAGGAAACCACACACAGAUACUGCGCCAACUCCUUCAAACUGCACCGGCUGCCCAUACCGAGGCCCGGUGAGGUGCUGGGGCUGGUGGGGACCAACGGUAUCGGGAAGUCCACGGCGCUGAAGAUCCUGGCUGGAAAACAGAAACCCAACCUGGGGAAGUACGAUAAUCCUCCAGACUGGCAGGAGAUUUUGACCUACUUCCGAGGAUCUGAGCUGCAGAACUACUUCACCAAAAUCCUGGAGGACGACCUGCGGGCCAUCGUCAAGCCGCAGUACGUCGACCAGAUCCCGAAGACCGUGAAGGGGUCAGUAGGGGCCAUCCUGAGCAGGAAAGAUGACACAGACACACAGGACAUCGUCUGUGACCAGCUAGAUCUGAGUCACCUGCGGGAGAGGAACGUGGAGGAUUUGUCCGGAGGAGAGCUGCAGAGGUUCGCCUGCGCCGUCGUCUGCAUCCAGAGGGCCGACAUUUUUAUGUUUGACGAACCGUCCAGUUACCUGGAUGUUAAACAGAGGCUGAAGGCUGCCAUCACCAUCCGCUCGCUCAUCACCCCGGACAGGUAUAUCAUUGUGGUGGAGCACGACCUGAGUGUGCUGGACUACCUGUCUGACUUCAUCUGCUGUCUGUACGGAGUCCCCAGCGCCUAUGGGGUGGUCACCAUGCCCUUCAGCGUCCGAGAGGGUAUCAACAUCUUCCUGGACGGUUACGUUCCCACGGAGAAUCUCAGGUUUCGCGAGACCUCAUUGGUCUUCAAAGUGGCUGAGACGGCCAACGAGGAGGAGGUGAAGAGACUCAGGCACUACCAGUAUCCAGAGAUGGGGAAGACGAUGGGCGAGUUCACGCUGGAGAUCAGAGGAGGAGAAUUUACCGACUCUGAGAUCAUGGUGAUGCUGGGAGAGAACGGCACAGGGAAGACCACCUUCAUCAGGAUGCUGGCUGGAGGACUCAAACCUGACGGGGGAGGGGAGGUUCCCAUCCUGAACGUCAGCUACAAGCCUCAAACCAUCAGCCCCAAGUUUAAGGGCAGCGUCAGAGCGCUGCUGCACGAGAAGAUCAGAGACGCCUACACUCACCCUCAGUUCAUCACCGACGUCAUGAAGCCGCUGCAGAUCGAGAGCAUCAUCGACCAGGAUGUGCAGAACCUGUCUGGUGGCGAGCUGCAGAGAGUCGCCCUCACUCUGUGUUUGGGGAAACCAGCUGAUGUUUAUCUGAUCGACGAGCCCUCGGCUUACCUGGACUCCGAGCAGAGGUUGAUGGCCGCCAGGGUCAUCAAGAGGUACAUCCUCCACGCCAAGAAGACGGCGUUCGUGGUGGAGCACGACUUCAUCAUGGCGACCUACCUGGCCGACAGAGUCAUCGUGUUCGACGGUAUUCCCUCCAAGAAGACUGCAGCUAACACGCCUCAGAGUCUGUUGGCGGGAAUGAACCGCUUCCUGUCGCUGCUGGAAAUCACAUUCAGGAGAGACCCGAACAACUUCAGGCCACGUAUCAACAAGCUCAACUCCAUCAAGGACACCGAACAGAAGAAGAGUGGAAACUAUUUCUUCCUGGACGACUGAGCCGACGUCCAAACAGCAGUUAUGUUAAAAAUCAUAAGAAGCAGAGAGAGAGAGAAAAAACCCCAUCAGCCUUUAUGUACCGGGCUGCGUUCAAUAGCCAGCAAUGUUGUGAAACGUUGAAAAUAAAAAGUGCAUUGCAUUCUGUGUCCGUCAGCCUGAACAUACUGGGCUGAAUUCACAAGCCAGCGACAUUGUGGAACAUUAAGCAGCGUAUUUUAACACUCAUGCAUUUACAGCAACUGAUAAUAAACUGAUUAUAUCUGA